UCCCCCUCCCCGCGCGGGCGCACGCUGUCCACGUCCCCACCGCCGUCCCGGUGUUCCAGCUCCAUGGCGCCCCCGGUCCUUCGCCGUCCGCCGCCGCCCCUGGUCCUGCUGCUGCUCUGGGUCACGGGGCAGGCGGCGCCCGUGGCUGGGCUGGGCCUGGACCCCGAGUCCGAGCUGCAGAUCGAGCGGCGCUCCGUGCCCGCCGAGUGCCCGCGCGCCGUGCGCCCAGGCGACUUCGUGCGCUACCACUACGUGGGCACCCUGCGCGACGGUCGCCGCUUCGACGCCAGCUAUGACAGAGACUCCACUUUUAAUGUGUUUGUGGGGAAAGGACAGCUGAUUGCAGGGAUGGACCAGGCCCUGGUCGGGAUGUGUGUAAACGAAAGGCGCUUUGUGACGAUCCCCCCGAAACUUGCCUAUGGGAGUGAAGGAGUUGCUGAUGUGAUUCCUCCGAACUCUGUGCUCCAUUUCGAUGUGCUUCUGGUGGAUAUUUGGAAUUCUGAGGACCAGGUGCAGAUUCAUACUUACUUCAAGCCACCAAGUUGCCCUCGGACUGUCCAGGUGUCUGACUUCGUGAGGUACCACUACAACGGCACCUUCUUGGAUGGCACACUCUUCGAUUCCAGUCACAAUCGCAUGAAAACCUAUGACACCUACGUGGGAAUUGGCUGGCUGAUUCCUGGCAUGGACAAAGGACUGCUGGGGAUGUGUGUGGGAGAGAAGCGCAUCAUCACUGUACCGCCUUUCCUGGCCUAUGGCGAAGAUGGCGAUGGGAAGGACAUCCCUGGGCAGGCUUCGCUGGUAUUUGAUGUGGUGCUGCUGGACCUCCAUAACCCCAAGGACAGCAUUUCCAUUGAGAACCAAGAGGUGCCAGAGAACUGCGUGCGCAGGAGCCAGAGCGGGGACUUCCUCCGGUAUCACUACAAUGGCACUCUGCUGGACGGCACCCUUUUUGACUCCAGCUACUCUCGGAAUCGCACCUUUGACACAUACAUCGGGCAGGGCUACGUGAUUCCCGGCAUGGACGAGGGGCUGCUGGGUGUAUGCAUCGGAGAGAGGCGGAGGAUUGUGGUGCCUCCACACCUGGGGUACGGAGAGGAAGGGAGAGGGAACAUACCGGGCUCGGCUGUGCUGGUGUUUGAUGUGCAUGUGAUCGACUUCCACAACCCCUCGGAUUCUGUCAGUGUCACCUCACACUACAGGCCACCUGACUGCUCGGUGCUGAGCAAGAAGGGUGACUUCCUCAAGUACCACUAUAAUGCGUCACUGCUGGAUGGGACUCUGCUAGACUCCACGUGGAAUUUAGGCAAAACUUACAACAUUGUGUUGGGAUUUGGACAAGUUGUGCUGGGGAUGGACAUGGGUCUCAGAGAGAUGUGUGUGGGCGAGAAGCGGACGGUGAUCAUCCCACCCCACCUGGGCUACGGGGAGGCCGGUGUGGCAGGGGAGGUGCCGGGAAGUGCUGUGCUGGUGUUCGACAUCGAGCUGCUGGAGCUGGUGGCCGGCCUGCCUGAGGGCUAUAUGUUCGUGUGGAAUGGCGAGGUAUCCCCCAAUCUCUUUGAGGAGAUUGACAAGGAUGGCAAUGGCGAUGUCCUGCUGGAAGAGUUCUCAGAGUAUAUCCAUGCCCAGGUGGCAACUGGCAAAGGGAAGCUAGCUCCUGGAUUUGACGCCGAGAUGAUUGUGAAGAAUAUGUUCACCAACCAGGACCGGAAUGGAGACGGGAAGGUUACGGCUGAGGAGUUUAAGCUCAAGGACCAGGAAACCAAGCACGAUGAGCUGUAGUGCACAGCUGAGCUGGCUGGUGCCACAGAGCACAUGCCACCCACCUCUGUCACGCUACAAGGGUACGAGGGUCUCCAGAAGUGAAUGUCAGCGCUAGCAAGCGGGUCUGUGGUGCCUGGUGCACACGUGGGGUGGGUCUGGACCAAAUCUGGGUGGGGCCUUGGCCUGGAGGACUGGAAAGGCUACCUUGCCAACCUUUGUCCGUGUGCCUUCCAGGACUCUGUAAGUAACGGGAAAUGGCAUCAUCUUGGAGGAACAGGAGACCAAGUGUCUGGCAUCUGCCUACAGAGAUUAAAGUGUGUUUUUAUGGUCAGUGUCUUAAACAUGUUCUCCAUGUGGGCAGAAAGGAUGAGGGGCACAUGGGCCCCAGCGUGAUGCCCAACAGUGAGCCUAGGCUCUGCCCUCUCCGCAGCCAGCCCACAGGGCCCCUGCUGUGGCAGUGCUACUCUGGUCUGGAGGCGCUGUGCCACCCAGAGGAUAAGGUGGGGAGCAGGGAGUGGAUCCUGCAGCUGCUGCUCACAUUUCCCUGUGCCCCUCUCACCAUCCUGCCCCCUUCUGCACUCUCUUCCAGACGUGGGCACGUGAGGGCUGGUGGCUGGGCCUUGCUGAGAUGGGCUUGUCCCCAAAGCUGCUGAACAUACAUGGAAGCUCCGUCCUGUCCCUAGUAUAUGCCCCAGGGCAGAUCGGGGGCUGGGGAGCCACCCUGUCAUAAAAGUGAUGACACACACCUGGCACCCUGUCCCUCAUCACACAGUGGUUACUCUGUCCCCAAGGGAAAUCAGCACUUACCCUGAAGUAUUAAAAGUCUUUUCCUUUUCAACUUAUCCAUUAAUUUAAAUUGUUUAUCCUGAUGUCCCGGGGUAGUUUGUGAAAAUGCUAUGCGCCUGUUUCACACAAUAAAUGUCAGAAAUUUGGUC